CACGGGGAACAAUCUGCAGCUGACUGCAAUCUCUAGCGCUGGCACAGGAAAUCUAUAUUUAGCAGCAAUGGCUGCAGGUACUGGUGUCUGCCUCUAUGCCUCUGUGCCAGAGGGAUAAAGAGAAAAAGACAGAGGACUAGUGCUUCAUAUCCCCCCUCUGGCCUCCCCGUCUCCCUGCUCCCUGUCACUCCAUCCUUCCUUCCUCCCUCCCGGACCACCCGUCAGCGGCUGGAUCAACCCGCCCGGACCCUCCUCCCACAACCCCUUUGACUAUCCUCACUUCACCGUCCCGUCUUGUGAACUGAGUGCAGGAUUUUCUUAUUGCUUGGAGUUGAAGACCGGAUUUGGCAGUGCAGUCACAGACAAUCUUGGUUUGGAAGAGUAAAAGAAAACCUUUAAAUAAAAGUAAACCUCUUGUACAGAGAAGCAGCGAGUUGCUCAGGGUGAGGUACACUGGACAGACGGAACUCUCCCAAGUCGUCUGGAAGUGUGGCAGCACGUGGUCACAUGACCUGGAAGAGAAAACCCAAGAGAUUUCUAGGAUCCCUCUCUGAAUGGGCCGGUUAUCAACCUGGAAAGAAGUCUAAAGGCUGAUGAACUGAUCCGCACAGCGACACAGCUGCGCUCUCUUCCCCUCUUCGUUUGUCCAGUCUCUCCAUUUAUGUCCUGAGAUCCACAACUUUCUGCAACUCUGGUGACUGGUUGGCUGCUGUACCAUCAUUCUCGUCCUACUCCUGGGGAUUUCCUGUCACGUGACCAUAUUCCUGCUUCACCUCCACUCCUAGUAUGGAACCCAACAAAGUCCAGUCAGAGGGCGGGCUGAAUGUGACCCUGACCAUCCGGCUUCUCAUGCACGGCAAGGAAGUGGGAAGCAUCAUUGGAAAGAAAGGGGAAACUGUGAAGAAGAUGCGUGAAGAGAGCGGUGCUCGCAUCAACAUCUCAGAAGGAAACUGUCCUGAGAGGAUCGUCACCAUCACUGGACCCACAGAUGCCAUCUUUAAGGCCUUCGCUAUGAUCGCAUACAAGUUUGAAGAGGAUAUAAUCAACUCCAUGAGCAACAGCCCAGCCACCAGUAAGCCCCCUGUCACUUUGCGCCUCGUGGUGCCCGCCAGUCAGUGCGGCUCCCUCAUUGGCAAAGGAGGCUCAAAAAUCAAAGAAAUGAGAGAGUCCACAGGAGCUCAGGUGCAGGUAGCAGGGGACAUGCUGCCUAACUCCACAGAGCGCGCAGUGACAAUCUCCGGCACCCCGGAAGCCAUCAUCCAGUGUGUCAAACAGAUAUGUGUGGUCAUGCUGGAGUCCCCACCGAAAGGUGCCACCAUUCCCUACCGCCCAAAGCCCGCCUCCACCCCCGUCAUUUUUUCAGGUGGCCAGGUAAGAGCCGACCCGCUGGCGGCGUCCGCAGCCAACCUCAGCCUUUUACUGCAGCACCAGCCACUGCCUGCCUACACAAUUCAGGGACAAUAUGCCAUUCCACACCCAGAUCAGUUGACCAAGCUCCACCAGUUGGCUAUGCAGCAAACCCCCUUUACCCCCCUCGGACAGACCACCCCUGCUUUCCCUGGUUUGGAUGCCAGUCCCCCGGCCAGUACUCAUGAACUCACCAUUCCCAAUGAUCUAAUAGGCUGCAUAAUCGGGCGCCAGGGAACCAAAAUCAACGAGAUCCGUCAGAUGUCUGGAGCCCAGAUCAAAAUAGCUAAUGCCAUGGAAGGGUCAUCAGAGCGCCAGAUCACCAUUACAGGAACCCCCGCCAACAUCAGCCUUGCCCAGUACCUCAUCAACGCAAGGUUCAGAGACGUGGCCGCCAUGUGGAAUGACCCCUCAUCAAUGACUACAUCCUGAAGCCCCAAACUGCUUUCAUUAUCUGAAGCUAUCAGCAGCUGAUUCCUAAUAAAUGCUAUAUAUAUAUAUACAAUCUUCCCUUAGAACACACCAACCUUUCCCUUAAACCCCAUGGUCAACUUCAUCAGUAGCUACAUUCAUGUAGGCAGACUACUGACAUGUUUAAAAAAGGAAAAAACAAAAAAAAAAGCAGGACAACCGUAGUAUGAUUUGUUCAUGUUAUGCAGUGUUUCAGUGUAGUAUUUUAGCAUGCUGAAUGCUUGGAUCUUGUUAUAUAUUUAUUUAUUAUUAUUAGAUUAGUUCAGUAUGGUUGCUGUAGUUAAGAUUUCAAAAAUGUAAAAAGUGCAUUGCAUCCAAUAGCAUUUUCUAGCAAUGCUGUUGGCAAGGAGCUAGUGAUGUGAUGCAGGUGUUGUAACGCAUGUCAGAAUCGAGGAGAUGUUGGAAACUGUGUUUCUUUAAAAGCGGAAGAGAUUUUAUUUUUACAUUUGAUUGUUUUCUGCAUAACCGAAUCGACAGUAGUGCAUGCUUAUUACUCGCCGUGGAGAGCAACGAGGCGGAAAAAGCUAUCGUUCUUGUACAGAAGUGUCAAAUGCUUUCAGAAUUAUUUUAUGUUAUCUAUUUUUUCUAUCUUUUCCUUACCCCUUCCCCUUUUUCCUCUUCCCUUAACUAUUCUAGGCUGACGUCUGAGGUCACUGGAAUGGGCACUCUCUAAUUUCUACCCAUGAUCCUUCACUGCAUCACAUGACCCUUGAGCCAAUGGCAUUGCACCUAGUUUGUUUUCUCUCUGUACUUUUGCUGUCCUGUAUUUUCAGUAAUUCUAAACUCAUUUCUAUUCUAUAAUGUGCACAUAUUUAAAAUCUCAGUUUGAUGUUCCUCCUACUCAACCUUUGUUGUGCUCCUUUGAUUAUUACCUUCUUAUAAUUAUUUUAAAAGACACUUUAUAUUUUUUUUUACUCUCUAGUACCUCACGUCACCGUUGUCCUGUUUUGGCAUCGCUUUCACUGUGAAUUCACGUUUUCCAGUCCGUAUUUUGUGGGUGUGGUACAGCAAAGCCAAUGAAAUCCUCAACUUUCCCAGGCCAGAUUGAGUUAGUCAUUUUUAAAGUAGCAGUCCUGUGCUUUUUGCUCCAGGACUUUGCGCACCGGGUACCUUACAACAGUGCAUCUCAUACAUGAAUAAUGAAACAAACUGAUGGAGUUGGAAUGUUUGCACCACGCCUGUGCGAUUUGUUUUGCAUCUGUCAUUGUGGCAUGCAGAGUAACACAGAGAAUCCAUUAUUAGCUUCUUGUAUUCACUUUCAGAACCGAGCGGAAGAAGAAAAUCAGCGUGGAAACAAACGAUAUGAGGAUGUAUAACCCGCGCUCACAGCUUUACGGCAUGCUGAGCCAUUUCAAUUCAGCCCACAAUCUAAGUUUAAGUAAUUGAAUAUAUUACAGCAGAAUUAUUUAUAGGAUAUUUUUAUAUGCGACAUGUUUUUGCAGUAGUAUGAGAAAUACAGGGGCUUUAUUCCUUUGGAAGUGAAUACAGAUGUGCUGAUAAUGAAAUCUGCGCCAUGCUCCUCUACCAUAUGCUCUUUCUCUCUGUGAGUAUGGUAAACUCUCAUGAAGGGUCCAAAAUUAACUUUUUGCCACUCCUGAACACUUGGGAUUAAUAUUUUGUAACUGCCAUGAAAAUCUACUUUGCAUUAUUUUUGGGAUCUGAACCACAGGCCUCUUUUAUGAGGAACAAGUUGGGAUUUCUGAAGGCAAAAAUUAAUGUGAAAAUGUUUUUAUUUUUAGGAUCCACAUCAUGGUCUUGUUUGUAAAAUGCGCUUAUGACCAGAUUUGAUUCCUAAAUUCCAUGGAGUUCAUCCUGUGUCAAUCGUGAGGAAGAAAUCGGAAUUUAUAAAGGCAAAAACUGACGUAAAAAUGUUUUAUGCAUAUGCAUUUUGCAUUUUGAUAUUAACAUAUAUAAUUGAAUAGAAUAUUGUUCUUAAAAAUGUUCACUGCCGUUCAAAGGUUUGACUUCAGUAAGAUUUGUGAUGUUUUUUUUAAAGAGGAUUAUUAUGCUCAUUGAGGCUGCAUAUAUUUAUAAAAUAACUGUUUUCUAUGUGAAUAUAUUUUAAAAUGUAAUUUAUUCAUGUGAUGCAAAGCUGAAUUUUCAGCGUUAUUACCUCAGCAUUCAGUGUCACAUGAUUCUUCAGAAAUCAUUCUAAUAUGUUGAUUUAUUAUCAAUGUUGAAAACAGUUAUGCUGCUUAAUAUUCAGUUGGAACCUGUGAUACUUUUUUUACAGGAUUCUUUAAUAAAUAUAAAGUUAAAAAGAACAGCAUUUGUUUAAAAUAGAAAUCAUUUAUAACAAUAUAAAUGACCAUUUAAAAGUUUGUGGUCAGUAAAUUUUUCUUUUUUCUUUUUUUGAAAGAAAGUAAUAUUUUUAUUCAUCAAGGAUGUGAUAAGUUGCUAAAUUAACUUUAUAUUCAUCAAAGAGUCCUGAAAAAAAAUCACAGGUUCCAAAAAAAGAAUAGAAUGAAAUAGAAUGAUUUCUGAAGCAUCAUGUGACACUGAAGACAGGAGUAAUGGCUAAUGAAAAUUCACCUUUGCAUCACAGAAAUAAAUUAUAUUUUAAAAUAUAUUAAGAAAGAAAACUAUUAUUUUGAACUGUUAUAAUAUUUCACAAUAUUACUGCUUUGUGUGUAUUUUUGAUCAAGUAAAUACAGCCUUGAUGAGCAUAAGAGACUUCUUUAAAAAAAAUACUGAAAAGCCCUACUGAUCCCAGACUUUUGAACGACAAUGCGUAUGGACAUUUUAUAAAUCGGUUAUAGGAACACCUUGGAAACUGUUGUAUGUUCACAUUUAGAAUCAUAAAAAGUCUUUAUAAAUGAGGCUCUGAUAUCACAUUACAAUCUUAUUCAACUUUGAUCAAUUUGUACUCAGAUUUGGCAGUUGGCGAGUGUUCAUUUUGGACCCUGCCCUCAUGCGUCCAGCUCCACACUUCAUUUCUGACGGUGUUUUCCAUAUUGCUCUCCAAAACCAUACUUGUCAAUCGAACUGAAAGACAUGCACAGGCUCUGCAUGCGUCUGACGAAACUAAGAGGUCGUUCUCCACUGACAGCUUUUGAAACAUGCGCACACACAGUCGACACAGCUGCCAUGGCCAUAUUUCUGCUAUACAUCCCAAGAGCGCUUUGUUAUUUUCCCUAGGCCACUCUUCAAUGAUAAGUCAAUAUAUUUGUAUCUCGGGCUCUGGAAUGUUCAUGGGUUUUGGCCAGACUUUCAAAAAUGAUGGCAGAUUUAGCACCCUGGUCUGCUCUUAAACAUGAUUGUUUCUUUAUGACAGUUGUUUAGCUUCAGUUAAAGCCACUGUGUAUUUUUAUUAUUAUUAUUCUUGAUUGUGUCUCCUCCUGCUGAUGUAGCCUUACUUAGCUCUAAUAAUAUGUUUCUCACAUGCAAAAUUUGAUUGACUUUAAGCUAUUUAUGUUGCAUGUUUUGCUGUGAUUAAUUAUUAUUAAUUAAUGAUGCAUACAGAUUCUUUCCCAUUGCUUUAUCCACAUGUUCAAUUAUAAUUUCAUCCCUGACCAGAAGAAGAUUUGUGUAAUUUCUCCGCUUUCUUUAGGCGGCCUGACUGGCAUAAGAUGUUGUAAUAAAUGUGAAGAUGCUCUGGGUCGGUAUGGUACAUGCAUCUCAUUAGGCAAUUAUAUAAAGACCCUGACGCCACUGAAGUGCUUUUCAAGUCUGGAGACCUUAAAAAUGAAUGUGUGCUGCCAUAAAUCCCAUUUGUGUUGUAAAUAACUGUUGAGAAAUUCUUGAGUCUUGUAUAUUUGGAGAUGCUACAAAAAAUGAGUUACCUCCCUCUAAAAUUAAUAUGUCAUGCCAUGCAUGUUGAAGAUUAGCAGCAAGGCACUCAAUUUGUUAUUUUUCCACACAAAACCUGUUUAGUCAGUGUACUGAAGCAUUUCAUCCUUUGACUUCCAUUCAAACAGACAGGGGAAUGAUUGAAGUCAUUAUUUUUGCAAUUUUGUUUGUUGCCGCUGGUGGCGCAGAAAUUACACACUUCAAUUCUCACCCAGCCAAAACUGUCAGUGUUGUUUUGCUAUAGUUAAGCAAUUUAUUUCCAGUACUGAAGCCCUCUGAUUAAGCUCUGAACGGUUCCCAAUUUUUUCCUGAAGAUUGCGACUAAGCUGAGGUCGUGUUGAGUUCCGCUUUUAUCCAAAUUGGAACUUUUUCACUCAGCAAUCAAUAUGUAUUUCAUCCUCCACAUUUAAAUGUGUAAAAUGUGGUAUCGAGGCUGAAAGUUGAAUGUAACUGCUUCAACGUGAUUCAUUAUUCAAACUCUAGUUUACCUUUCUUGCCAUUUUCCAAUUGCAUGGUUUUUUACAUGAGAAUAUGUAAUCAUGCACUUGAAGGAACAAUUUUUUUUUUUACAGAUUAAUUAUAGGAAAUUCUGGAAGCAUGUUUUUGCCAAGGGACAGAAAAUAAAUAAAUAAAGGAAAUUGCAGCUUUUCAUCUGACAAUUUGGAUUUUUUUCCAUCAUACUUUUGAGUUUAUUUCUCAUAAUUUGGACUUUUUUCUCAGAAUUUCAGCUGUAAACUGCAGUUUUGAGAAGAAAAGUCACUAUUGUGAGAUAAAACAUUACAAUUAUUUAGUUUUGUUAUUCCAUGCAGGAGAAAAAAAAUUCUACACUCCUAAAAAUAAAGGUUCUUUAUUGCCAUUGAUAGUUCCAUGAAGAACCCUUAACAUCCAUGGAAACACAAAAGGUUCUUUAUAGUGGAAAAAGGUUAAAAUGUUUUUCAGAUUUAAAAAAAAAAAAAAAAAAAACGGUUCACUGAAAGGUUCUUUGGGGAACCAUAAAUGUGACCCUGGUCCACAAAACUAUAAGGUCUUUUUUUUUUUUUAAA